UGUUAGCUAUAAGAACAAUUCAUAUUUAGUAACAGUGUUUUGUACUUGAGAGUUUCGACUAAGGUCCGGACUUGUUUUCAAAUCAUAAAACUUUGCCAUAGAGUUGAGAUUUCUCUGUUCAAUUUGAAUUAGGUAUAUUGAAGGGUGACGUGGAGUGGAGACUGAAGAUACCUAGCAGAUAGCUGCUAGACAAAUUACCUACUUUUCUCGAUUCGGUUACCUACGGUAAGUACUAAGUACGAAUAAAUGUAAUUGUUUGCAGCUGUAAUACAACAAAACAUUACACUAAUGAUUAAUUUGUAGUAAUUACUAGAAUCAUAAGAUUUAAUAUGGAGGCACCGGAAUGUCCUGUUUGCAUUCAACCCAUGACGGUACCAAUAUUUCAGUGCCAAUCAGGGCACAGUUUAUGCAAUUCUUGCACUGUUAAGUUGAGUCCACCCAUUUGCCCCAUAUGUCGGCAAACAAUGACUCAAAUGAGGAACUGGCAGCUUGAAGAUUUGGUGGGCAAGGCUAUUGUUGCAUGUCCUAAUAAAAAUAAGGGAUGUGUUUAUAAAUAUGUGUCUAUAGAAAUGGAAGAUCAUAUUAAGGAAUGCAUAUUUAGGGAAAUGGACUGUCCCAUGGGGAAAGUAUUUGGAACAUGUUCUUGGUCAGGAAAGCUUAAGGAAAUGCUAAAUCAUUUUAAGGAUCGCCACCCUGGUAAUUGUGCCAAUAUCACAUCAGAUAUCACUAUUGAUAACGUCUCUGUGACCAAUGAUUGUCGUCACUUUUAUCUCCUGCAGUUUAACAAGCAAAUCUUCUUUCUUUCUUUCAAGAUAGAUACUGUUCAAAAGCUUGGAUAUUGGCUAGUCCAAUAUGUGGGCACUAAGAAGGCUGCUCGACAAAAUGUUUACGAGAUUCAAAUUAAUAGUAAACGACACCAAAAGCGAACUGUCACAUAUAUAGAUUACUGUUUUAGUGAUUCUAUGGAAGCCAAUGAAGUGUUCCGUCAAGCACAGUGUGCUGUAAUGCCUUUAAUUAUGAUGCAUCACUUCAUAGAUAACUCAAAGAUCACUUUUCGUUGUUUAAUUAAGCAUGCAUUCGAAGGAAAACCUGCCUUCAAAAAUAAUGAUCAGUCUAAGGACACAACAACUGGCCAGAAAAAAGGACCACCCCCUCCCAAUAGACAUAAGAGUCCUGGGCCUCAUGUUACAAGGGCAAAAGGUUCUGGUACUAACAACACUCAAAAACCUGGGCCAUUUAAAAAACAGCAAGCAAACUUUAAUAAGAAAUAACUACGAUGUAUAUACAUAUAAUUUUCAUGAAUAAUAUUUGAGAUAUUUUAAGUAAACAUUUAAUGUACUCUAACUGUAAUGUAAUAUAAAUAUGUUAACAAGGUAAAUGAUUGCACUCUACAUAAUUAUUGUUAUAACAAUUAUUUAACGUCGAACUAAAUCGGCACACAUUUAAUUUUUCAUGCGUUAUCUAUGGUAACUUUGUAUUCUUAGAAUUAAUAAACGAUGGUGGACGUGCUA